GCUGAGUGGAAACUCAGAGAGUUUAUACAGAGAGUGAUGAAGUGAUCACACUCACUCUCUCUCUUUAACUCCGGAGGGGCUAUAAAACAUGUCUGGGUCCUCUACCGCUUUUUAUCUGUCAGAGUAAACACUCAUCAUCUUUUCUACCGUUCAAGUGGAUCUUCUGGAGCUUUUUAUGCGAUAAAAAUGAAAGAACAAACUCGGGGUCGCUGAGUUAGCCGCCGAGCUAACAGUCGGUUCCACCGUUUGGCUUAAAAAGUGUCGGCGUUUCUUGGACUUUCCUGGUGGAACAUUUUAGCAGAUUUCUCCAAUGAGACGUUUUUAGAUCAGCAAGGAGAUUAUCCCAAAAAUAAGGUGCUAGAUGGUGAGUUUGAAGGCCAUGCGUAAUGCUGAAACAACUCGCCCAGAGUCAGAAUGAGUGUCACAGAUGGCGACGGGACAGCUAGCCAAGAUGGACGGGCCUACGUUCUUCAGAUCUACCCCCGCCUCGCCUUGGAGACGGUGCCAUGUUUCACGCUCAAAGUCCGCAAGGAGGCCACAGCAGCAACGGUUAUCCAGGACGUGGCGGCCAGCCUGGGCCUGGACACGGCCAAGCGUUACGUCCUGGCGGAGGUGAAGGAGAGCGGCGGAGAGGAGUGGGUUCUAGAGUCCACAGACCUGCCGGUGCACAGGGUUCUUCUCUGGCCGCGGAAGGCUCAGGAGGAGCAUCCUCAGAGCGAAGGGUUCUACUUCCUCCUUCAGGAGCGUAACCAUGACGGUUCCAUCCGCUAUGUGCACCUGCCCUCUGUGUAUAAGGAAAAAGACGCCCAGCGGCUGGUCGCCCGAGGGUUCCUCCCUCCGCGCCAUGAGGAUUUUGACGACUUGUGCAACCUACCUUUCCUCAAUGAGGACACUAUCCUGGAAAACCUGCGCAAUCGCUUUCAGAAGAAGAAGAUCUACACAUACGCCGGCAGCAUCCUCGUCGCCAUCAACCCCUUUAAGUUCCUCCCGAUUUACAACCCCAAGUAUGUCAAGAUGUAUGAGAACCACCAGCUGGGCAAGCUGGAGCCCCACAUUUUUGCCAUCGCCGAUGUCGCGUAUUAUGCUAUGCUGCGCAAACGGAUCAACCAGUGCAUCGUUAUCUCUGGAGAGAGCGGCUCUGGAAAAACACAAAGCACUAACUUUCUCAUCCACUGCCUGACGGCUCUCAGCCAGAAGGGCUACGCCAGCGGCGUGGAAAGGACCAUCCUUGGAGCUGGACCUGUGCUGGAGGCAUUCGGCAAUGCAAAGACUGCCCACAACAACAACUCCAGUCGUUUUGGGAAGUUCAUUCAGGUCAACUAUCUGGAGAGCGGAGUGGUUCGGGGGGCGGUGGUUGAGAAGUACUUGCUGGAGAAAUCCCGUCUGGUGUCCAGAGAGAAGAAUGAAAGGAACUACCACGUUUUCUAUUACCUGCUGGUGGGGGCGUCCGAGGAGGAACGCAAGGAGUACAAGCUCCUGCAGCCGGAAAACUACUUCUACCUCAAGCAGCACAACUUUACCAUAGAGGACGCAGAUGACCUUCGGCAUGACUUUGAGAGGCUGCAGCAGGCCAUGGAGAUGGUGGGCUUCCUUCCCGCAACUAAGAAACAGAUUUUCUCAGUCCUGUCUGCCAUCCUGUAUCUGGGCAACGUCACCUACCGGCGGAAAUCCACAGGGAGGGACGAAGGGCUGGACGUGGGACCUCCAGAAGUCCUCGCUAAUCUCUCAGAUCUGCUGAAGGUCAAAGAGGAGCUGCUGGUCGAGGCUCUUACGAAGAGGAAAACGGUUACAGUCAAUGAUAAGCUGAUUCUGCCCUACAGUCACAGUGAGGCGAUCACAGCGCGGGACUCAAUGGCCAAGUCUCUGUACAGCGCCCUGUUUGACUGGAUCGUCCUGCGAAUCAACCACGCACUUCUCAACAAGAAGGAUAUGGAGGAAUCUGUUCCGUGUUUGUCCAUAGGCGUUCUGGACAUAUUUGGCUUUGAGGACUUUGAGACGAACAGCUUCGAGCAGUUCUGCAUCAACUACGCCAACGAACAGUUGCAGUAUUACUUUAACCAGCACAUCUUCACGCUGGAGCAGGAGGAGUAUCAGGCAGAAGGCAUCACCUGGCACAACAUCGACUACACAGAUAACGUGGGCUGCAUCCAGCUCAUCAGCAAGAAGCCCACUGGGCUCCUAUAUUUACUGGACGAGGAGAGCAAUUUCCCUCAUGCUACAGAUAAAACCCUGCUGGCCAAAUUCAAACAGCAGCACGAGAGAAACCACUACUUUGUGGCCACGCCUGUGAUGGAGCCGGCGUUUGUCAUCCUUCAUUUUGCUGGGAAGGUCAAGUACCAGAUCAAGGAUUUCCGGGAGAAGAACACAGACCACAUGCGUCCAGACAUCGUGGCCCUGUUGCGGAGCAGUGACCGGGCUUACGUCCGGCAGCUGAUCGGGAUGGAUCCGGUGGCCAUGUUCCGGUGGGGAAUCCUCCGGGCCGCACUCCGCGCUCUAGCGGCCUUUAAUGAGGCCGGACGCCGCUGGGCUGCCAAGAGCGCCGGUGUGGUCAGACCUGCCUCGAGAGUUCCACUGGGGGAGCUGCAGAGGUCCAACACGCAAAUUGAGAGGAUGUAUCGCCGUACAUCUAUGCUCGAUUUCUCCUUUGAUCACUCAGAGGAGCGCCCCCUAGAGGCUUUUGAGGACAUCUUUGCUAGUUAUGAGAGUAAGAAGAAGAACAAGGGCACCAAGAACAAGCAGCUCAUUCCUAAGAAUCUGCUGGACUCCCAUUCCUUGAAGUUCAUUGUGGGUCUUCAUGACCGCACCACAAAGUCUCUGCUGCACCUGCACAAGAAGAAGAAGCCCCCAAGCAUCAGCGCUCAGUUUCAGACUUCCCUCAGUAAGCUGCUAGAGACUCUCGCAAAGGCUGAGCCGUUCUUUAUCCGCUGUCUCCGCUCCAACGCUGAGAAGAAGGAGAUGUGUUUUGAUGAGGCGCUGGUCCUGCAGCAGCUUCGCUACACAGGCAUGCUGGAGACGGUGCGCAUCAGGAGAUCAGGCUACAGCGCUAAAUACACCUUCCAGGAAUUCAUCGAGCAGUUCCGUGUGUUGCUGCCAAAGAAAGCCUCGUCUAAGGAAGACAUAUCCACUCUGCUGCAGAACCUCGGCUUAGACACCAAGACCUACCAGAUAGGCAAAACAAAGGUAUAUCUGAAAGAGCCUGAGAGGCAGAAGCUUCAGGACACUCUCCACAAGGACGUCAUGCACAAAAUCAUCUUCCUGCAGCGCUGGUUCCGAGCUAAAGUGCUGAGGAGGCACUUUCUGCAGUUAAGAGAGGCCGCUGUCUUCGUUCAGCGCACUUGGAGGAGAACAUGUCAGGAGCGGCGCUGUCAAGCUGCUACUCUGAUUCAGGCGGCGUGGCGAGGCUCUAAACAGAGGACAGAAUACCGACAACGACGAGCCUCUGUUACUAAGAUCCAGGCUUUAGUCAGAGGCCAGUCAGCCCGCAAAAGGUACCAAUCUCUGAAGGAGGAUAAGAGGAGGAAAGAGGAGGAAGAAGCUCGAAGGAGAAGAGAGGAAGAAGAAGAGGCAGCUAGACGGGCCCAGGAGGCAGCGGAGGCAGCCAGACGAGAGAGGGAGGCUGCUGAGGCAGCCAGGAGAGCGCGAGAGGCAGAGGAGGCAGCCAGGAGAGCACAAGAGGCUGAAGAGGCAGCUAGAAAAAAGAAGGAGGCAGAGGAAGAGGCAGCUAGGCUUGCUGAGCAGAGGAGGAAGGAGGAAGCUUCACAGAAGCUAAGAAAUGAGACAUUUAUUGAAAAUUUGGUGAGCUCUGAGGUAAAAGGAGGAGAAAAGGAAGCAAAGGCUGAGGCUGGUCCUCAUCCUGAAGAACAGGAUGGAGAACAAAACCAGAACAUUCUGGAGCUGAAUGAAAAAGAUAAGAAGAAGGAACCAGUUGGGAAACUUACAGAAGAUAACAAACACCUUAAAGCGCCGUUCACUGUCUUACCAGAGGAGACUAGUUCUAAAACGGCUCCAGAGGAAAGCUUGGACCGCAAAAUUCCCCCAGCUGCUCUUCCAGAAGCUAAAAUGUCCGUUUCUGUUUCUCCAGAAGAAGACAAAAACCUUCAAACCAGCACCCCUGUGACCCCAUCUGAGCAGUUGAAGCCUAAAACUCCUUCUCUGGGUAGGCUCAGCACCUCCAGAAGCCAAGAGAAGAGGGAGCUGAGGCGGCAGCGCGGUUUGGAGCACAGCCAGAGGGAGAUUGAACGGGCUGCUUCAAUUAACAGAGAAGAACCGGCGCAGAAAAGCCCCACUGGGCCUGAAAGCAGACAAAACGAGCGAUCCAAUAGCAAAGAACUGGACCAGUACACGUUCGUAGCCUGGAGGAGUGAUAGACAGAAGAAAGAAGCUAAGGAUGAGGGAGAAAAGGCUAAAAAGGAGGCUAAGGAAGAAGUACAGAAAGCCACUCCUGAGAAAACUAAAAAAGAGGCUAAAGAUGAGGAAGAGAAAGCUAAGAAGGAAGUUAAGGAUGAGGAGGAAAAGGCUGUGAAGGAGGCCAAAGUUGAUGGAGAAAAGGCUAUAAAAGAGGCUAAAGAUGAGGGAGAAAAGGCUAAAAAAGAAGCCAAGAAUGAAGCAGAGAAAGCUGCAAGAGAAGCCAAGCAGGUUUCUCCAGCCCCAGUCCGACCCACCACCUUACCCUUGGACAUCCCAGGCUCAAGGCCUGAUAAGAACGGCCACAACGAGUCCCCCAGUACUGCUAAGGACCCCACCAACAAAGGCAAGGCACAGAGGAGCAACACCCACCCAAAUGUCACCUCAUCUGAAGCCCAAAAGCAGGAGAACAGGAGGCCUAAGAUGCUACAGAUGUCAGUUUCCCGAUCGUUGGAUGACGUAUCAGAGUUGGCGACAUCAGGACACAACAUUUCUGCAGUUUCACAGGGCCACAUGCGUUACCGCAAGUGUCCCAGGCGCAGGCGUCGCCUAGACUUUGUGCGUAACUGCUUGAUGGUUAAAAGUGCUGAAAUGGAGGACGUGGAGAGCUGGACUUUUCCCUUAAUCCCCACAAACACCCUCCAGACGCAGUCUCGGGCAGCCGAGGGUUCGCACGGAGGGAAAGCUGGAAGCACAGGCAGGACGCAGGAAAGCUCUGGUCUGCAGGACGGACCUCAUGCUCCUCCGCCCACUCCAGAGAGAUCAACAGGCUUCCUGAGGAAGAUCCUGAAGAAGCGUCCUCAUAAGGAGGCUCAUACUCCAGAGGAUGGAGAUCUGACUAUGGCUGCUGCUUUGGCUGAAAAAGCAGAAGCUACCUCUCCCUCACGUUCACAUCAUGCUGAGCCACCCAGCGGGCGUAUGAUUCGUAACCCCACCAUUAAGAUCAGUCGGGCGACCCGAGUCACGGAGCAGUGGAACGCCUCGCUGGACAGAGAGAUCACCAACGCUAACGAGCUUCGGAACUUGGAUGAGUUCCUCGGAAAUCAGGUGAAUGAUCUGCGCUCUAGGGGGAAGCAGCUAUCUGCAGCGGAGCACAUCUUCAUCACAGCCACCAUGCAGUUCAGAGCAGACAUCAAAAGCAUGUACUCUGUCGCUAAGCUGCGUAUUGGCUACAAGGGCCUGAUGAGGAGCUACCGAAACAAAGUGAUCAGUUUAGCCGGAGAAAAGCAGAAAGGAGAAGUGCCGCUGGUGGUCAAUCUGUUCCAGUCUGUGCUGGACGGCUUCAUCAGAGGGGAAAUCAAAAGAGAAGAGGCUGAACCUGCCAAGCCCGUGAAAGGUCGUAAGAAGAGGCGGAAAAAAGACAAGAACUUGGAGAGUCCACUGGACCACAUGUUCACUCACUACCAGGUCAACAUCAUGCAGUCAUGUGAUCAGUGUACUUCCUACAUCUGGGGGAUGGAGAAAGCCUACGUGUGCAGUUAUUGUAAACUUGUUUGCCACAAGAAGUGCCUGUCAAAAAUCACUACUGAUUGUAAUACGUUCUGCUCAAAGAAGAAUGAAGAGGAUUGUGGUUCUCAGCACUUUGGCGUGAGUGUGUGCCAUCUAGUCAGUGACAGGAUCCCUGUUCCUGAGGUGCUGGAGCUCAUGCUGGAGCAUGUGGAGAUGAACGGCCUCUACACCGAGGGCAUCUACAGAAAGUCUGGCUCAGCCAACCGCAUGAAGGAGCUCCGGCAGCUUUUAGAAGCUGAUCCCCAUUCAGUGUGUUUGGAGGACUACCCCAUCCAUGCUGUGACCGGUCUGGUGAAACAGUGGCUCAGAGAACUUCCUGAACCCCUCAUGACCAUCAGUCACUAUAACGACUUCAUCCAGGCAGUCGAUUUACCUGAGAAGCAGGAACAGCUACUUGCCAUCUAUAGAGUUUUAGAGGAGCUCCCUACAGCCCACUACAACACUCUGGAGAGACUCGUUUUCCAUCUUGUCAGGGUGUCAAGAGAGGAGAAGAGUAACAGAAUGACCCCCAACUCGCUGGCUAUUGUCUUCGCUCCCUGCAUUCUGCGCGGCCCAGACAGUGCCGACCCCCUCCUCAGCAUGAAGGACGUCGCCAAGACAACCACGUGUGUGGAGAUGCUGAUAAAUGAGCAGAUCAGGAGAUACAAUGAGAAGAUGGAGGAGAUCGAGCAGCUGGAGUACGCAGAGACGCUGGCCAAGAACCAGCUCAAACUGAAGAGGAAUAACACGAGCUGGCAUUUACCCCUCAGGUUUACCUCUCCUUACAAAGGAGUGGCGAUGCGGGAGAAGCCUUUGUCCGAUCUGAGUGUUGUCCCUGAGAAUGAACCACUCGACUCUGACACGGAGGCGGAGAGGAAUCUGGUGGAGCGGAUCAAGUCCAUCAAACAGGAGAAAGAGGACCUGGCCUGCAGGCUGCCGGAUUUGGAGCAGCCCGGUUCGGAUCAGGAGAACCUGGACUCCGAGGCCUCGGCCAGCUCGGAGAGCCUGCUGGACGACCGGGCACUCAGUUCGGACACGGAAGGGAAAACGACAGCCGUGCCAAGAAUUCCCAAACCAGCUUCUCCUUCCAAAUCUGCAAACUCACCCUCUACCCAGCAGAGUUCAUCAGUAGGAGAAACCUUCAAUCUCUCUCCGCCCACUUUCUUCCCCUCCAGGGACCUACUCCAUCGCCGGCACCCCAUCAUCCCCCGCACGGUCCGCCUGCCCCCAGGCGUACUGACCCACCCGGCCGUCCAGUCGCUGCCGCCCCGCAAAGCCCAGUCCAUGACGCUUGUGCAGAGACGGCAGCAGCCUGGGCGCCGCAAAGACAGCAUCCAGUCGCUUUUUAUAGCACCCGGGACUGAGCUCCACUUCACUCCUGACUCAGACUCCGCUUCCUCCAGCACACAGGACCUCCUAAAAUCACCCAGACGCUUCUCAGACCCAGAUAUCGCUUUAAGCGAAGAAGGACUUUGAUUAACAGGUGCUGAGCCCCUCUGUCCAAAGCAGGGGUUUCAAACUCUGGUUGUUUUUGGUGCUCUGUUGCACCUAUUAAACUUGGUAAAUCAGGUUUAUUUGAUUUGGUUUAACUUGGUAAAUAAGUUAAAUCAGGUUAGUUUGAGCAGGGAAAUCACCAAACUGUGCUGGACCCCAGACCUCCAGGACCAGAGUUCGAUCCCCUGCUAUAAAGGGCCAUGGCACACUGACCCAACCCACUGUCUGAGCUGUGCUCUGCCUACAAAUGUGUUCUUUUAUAGCUACUGUUGCCAGGUUGAACAAGCUUGGACCUAAUGAGAAACUGUAGAACAGACUCAGUUUAUUUCACAAUACCUACAUUUAGAGACAGUUAUUCAUUCAGGCUAAUGAGAAACUGUAGAACAGA